CAACAACACUCCGACACAAUGGCUGCCCGGACUCUGAGAAUCGGUCUGAUACCCGGUGAUGGCAUUGGCCGCGAGGUCAUCCCUGCCGGUCGCCGCAUCCUCGAGUCUCUGCCCAACUCGCUGAACCUCAAGUUCUCGUUUGUCAACCUCAAUGCAGGCUUCCAGACGUUCAAGGACACGGGCGCCGCUCUGCCGGACCAGACGGUUGAGACGCUGCAGAAGGAGUGCGAGGGCGCGCUUUUCGGCGCUGUCAGCUCCCCCACCGUCAAAACGGCCGGCUACUCGUCGCCCAUUGUCGCGCUGCGCAAGCGGCUGCAACUGUAUGCGAACGUGCGGCCAGUCAAGUCAGCCGGCAAGGUCGCCAACCCGGUCGACAUGGUGAUUGUGCGGGAGAACACGGAGGACCUGUACGUGAAGGAGGAGAAGACGCGGGACACGCCCGAAGGCAAGGUCGCCGAGGCCAUCAAACGCAUCUCAGAGAAGGCGUCCUUCGACAUCGCGUCCAUGGCGGGCGACAUAGCGCUGCGCCGGCAGCGGGUGCGCGACUCGGGCAUCGCGAGCAUCCACAAGUCGCCGCUCGUCACCAUCACGCACAAGUCCAACGUGCUGUCGCAGACGGACGGCCUGUUCCGCGAGACGGCGCGCCGCGCGCUCGAGCAAGCCCAGUUCAAGGGCGUCGGCGUCGAGGAGCAAAUCGUCGACAGCAUGGUGUACAAGCUGUUCCGCCAGCCCGAGGCCUACGACGUCAUCGUCGCACCCAACCUCUACGGCGACAUUCUGUCGGACGGCGCGGCCGCCCUGGUCGGCUCCCUUGGCCUCGUCCCCUCCGCCAACGUCGGCAAGGGCUUCGUCAUCGGCGAGCCCUGCCACGGCUCGGCCCCCGACAUUGAGGGCCAGGGCAUCGCCAACCCCAUCGCUACUAUCCGCUCUACGGCUCUCAUGCUCGAGUUCCUCGGCGAGGAGAAGGCCGCUGCCAUUAUUUACAAGGCGGUGGAUGCCAACCUUGGCGAGGGCCGCCUGCUGAGCCCCGAUAUGGGCGGUAAGGCCAAGACGGACGACGUCGUUGAGGACAUCAUCAAGAGGUUCUAAGCGCGUGGCCGUGUAAAAGUAUGCCCCUGAGGGCUGUGUACAGAAAUAUAAAAUCUAUGUGUCUUCUAGCUCGUUUGAGAUUGAUGUAUGAAGAGCUUUGCCGAGU